UUUGGGUGAUUUCCCGUCUCAUCUUAUUCCUCCCCACUUCCCGUUAUUACUCUUGCCUACCCUUUUCUCGCUUCCUCUCUUCUUGCUUAUUACGUUGAUCCUCCUCUUCAACCAUACCCCCUUCUCCCCCAGACGCUUCGUCAGCGAUUCCUGCGCCGUGCGGUCACCAUGUCUGUCGUUCUCGACCCGCCAGAGUUGAGCUUCAAGCGUCCCUUUAACCGUGAGGUGUGCCAGGUCCUCCACCUGAACAAUGAAAACCCCGAGGCUGUCGUGUUCAAGGUGAAAACCACGGCCCCCAAGCAUUACUGUGUUCGUCCCAACUCAGGGCGGAUAGAACCCGGAAAGCAUGUGGACGUCCAGGUGCUUCUCCAGGCCAUGAAAGAUGAGCCGGCCGAGGAUGCCAAGUGUAAGGACAAGUUCCUGGUCCAGACUGUCUCGGUCUCUCGCGACAUGGAGUUUGCCAAUGUCACGUCGAUCUUCGAAAAAGCGUCCAAGUCUGCCGUCCAGGAGCGCAAGAUUCGCGUGAACUGGCUGCCUGAGGAUGCCUCGGGCGCCGAGGAGGGGACGGAGACCAACGGCAUUCAUGUUCCCGAUGAUGAACCGCCUGCCUACACCUCCCCGAAUGCUACCUACCAGACUCCCGCUGUGGGCAUGGCGAAAUCCACCACGGACACGUCACCGAUCCCACCGCCUGAUUUCAGCGACAAACCCAAGCGCGAGAUCUCGACCCCACAAGCCAGCAAUGCCCAACCCACGUCGGUCCGGUCGCCCACCGGGGCUUCCGCCGAGGAGCUCAAGUCCAAGCUGUCCGACGCCAAUUCCCAGAUCCAGAGACUCAAGGACCGGCUGGCAGACCAGGGUCUGCGUCAGAGGAAGAUCGGAGGCGAAACGGAAAGUGCCGGUGCUCCCUUGGCUCAGCGUAGCGCCCAGGCUCCUGUGGCUGGUGUUCCCCUGCAGAUUGUCGCCGGCCUGUGCCUGCUGAGCUUCCUAAUUGCCUAUUUCUUUUUCUAAACGGACCAGGGCACUAGUUUUCUUUCCGUCUUGCACUCUUCGUCCCCCUGUCCACGUGUCUAAUGUCGUCCCAUUAUUAUUUGCCUUUUUCUUACCCGAACCAAUUGUAUUCUCUCUGGAGAGCACUACCUUGAUCAUUUUCUAGCAUCAGCAUUGAGUUAUGUCUU